AGCGAGAAAUUUUUUUAGCUAGUUGCACGGUUAAGCCGGAUUCAGGCGUAAAAAAGUCCUGUCCACUUUACCACUUUGGACGUAGCUUUAAGUUAAUUCAUUGUAAAUUUACCAUUAACAUAAAUAGAAAUGAAUUCCAGACUAAUGGUUUUGGGCUCAAAGUUCGUAUUCAGACGUCCUCUUAGGAUGUUCUCGACUUCGGUAGCGAGGUUUAGCAAGGAAGAAGGUUUUCCUGAUCCUUUGGAUUUAGCUACUGGUCUGGAAAAGAAAGAAAUGCUUGCACGUUUAGCAGGAAAUGACGACCCUUAUAACCUAAAAGCUAUCAAAAGAGGUGUUAGUACCAAAGAACAGCCCACAGAAAUCCCAUCUGCCUUUGAAGCAAGAAUUGUUGGCUGUGUAUGUGAAGAAGAUGCGUCUCAUAUCAAAUGGAUGUGGUUAUAUUCUGGCGAACCAAAACGUUGUAUGUGCGGUCAUUGGUACAAGCUUGUUUACAAAGAACCACUUUUGUAGAAAAUUUUACCAAUGUUGUCGUCCUUACGCAAAAUUCAAUGUUUUAGUCUUGCUCCAAAUGAUGUAAUUUUGUUUGUAUUAUUUUGUCAUUGAAAAGAAUAUCAUUUGGCGACAGUAACAAUAAAUUAUUAUUAUUAUUGUCUGUUAAAAACAGCUUUUCGUAAAAAAUAAAAGUUUAAAAAAAUGGA